AGAUUCUCUUUUCCCUUUCUCUCUCGCGGUUCUCUUCUUGUUCUACUGCUCCCUUGCCUCCUUCUUCUCCUUGAGGGUUGUUGAGUUCAGCUUAUUAUCUGUAAUGGCGUAGAAUCGAAAUCUCUCGCUGUCUCUUUCUCUUUGGUGUUUCUUCUUUUAUCUUCUCCCUCUCAGAAAACACGCCCAGAUCUUUGCUUGAAACGAACUUCUCCAGACUCCUCUUUAAAAUCAGGUUCAGAUUUCGUUAUCUCCUUCGAGAGAACUUCUUCCCAGUCUCAAAAACUCGUCGAUAAAACCUCUGUCGGAAGUGUUACCAUUUUGGUUUGAGUUCGGUCUGAAUAUUAAGGUUUUGUAUUUUGGUCAAGCAUACAUCAGAAACAUGCUUGUCCAGAUGGAACAUUGUUAAGGAGAAUAGUUGUUAGUUACUGAAUAGUUUAUAUUCAACUCUAAUGAAGAACGGUCAGUAAUAAAAUCUCAGGAUUAGGUCAAUGCUUACAUAUAUAGGAAGUUGGACCAACAUAUAAAGAAAGAGCACGCAGGAGAUGCAGUCCUCUACACAAGUAUCACAUGACUCCCAAGGCGAACAGAAAAAUAACCAGUCAUUAGAAGCUCCUAUACAAGACUCUGGCUCUGUCUCUGCCUCAAGUAAUGACGGUAGGAAAGUUUCAAGGCAAGAUAUUGAACUCGUCCAAAAUUUGAUCGAGAGAUGUCUUCAGCUGUACAUGAACAGAGAUGAGGUCGUCAAGACCCUCUUGACCCGUGCAAGAAUUGACCCUGGAUUCACAACUUUAGUAUGGCAGAAACUGGAAGAAGAGAACGCUGAUUUUUUCAGAGCUUAUUACAUCAGACUGAAACUGAAGAAGCAGAUCAUUGUGUUCAAUCACUUGCUUGAGCACCAGUAUCACCUCAUGAAGUAUCCUGUUCAUCCUAAAGUCCCAUUGGUCCCUAUGCAGAAUGGGAUUCAUCCUAUGGCCCCUGUUAACAACAUGCCAAUGGGAUACCCAGUACUACAACAUCCUCAAAUGCAUGUUCCAGGCCAUCCUCAUAUUGAUGCAAUGGGGAUGUCAAGCUGCCACGUGGUUAAUGGAGUCCCUGCACCUGGGAACUUCCAACCUAUGAGGAUGAACUCAGGGAAUGAUAUGGUAAUAGAUACAACUGCGGCUGAUCCAACUCCUCCAAUGAUUCCACCAAACAAUGGUAUGUCAUCAGUGUCGGAGAUGCCGGUGAGUCCAGCUUCCGUGGCGUCAAGUGGACACUUCCCUUUUGCUGCUUCAGACAUGUCAGGGAUGGGGAUGGACACGUCAGCUCUUGAUUCUGCUUUCACAUCUGAUGUGGGGACUUCGGUGGGGUUACAGCUUGGACCUGAUGGAGGAGCUGGUAAUUCCAGAGACAAUCUGAGGCCUUUUGAUCAGAUUCCUUGGAACUUUAGCCUCUCUGAUCUCACUGCUGAUUUGUCAAAUCUUGGAGAUUUAGGAGCGUUAGGAAACUAUCCUGGUUCCCCAUUUCUUCCAUCUGAUUCAGAGAUUUUACUUGAUUCUCCGGAACAAGAGGACAUAGAGGAGUUCUUUGUGGAUUCGAUCCCAGGGCCUUCAUGUCCUCAGUCAGAUGAAGACAAGCCUUAGUUACUGUAAUCUCAAGUCUUAAUCAAGCCAUGAUAAUCUGAUCAACUGGAAGCAAGCAAGGAAGGUGUUACUGGUUCCUAGCGUUUCAGAAUAUUAUAGAAAACCUCCAAAAAUGAAUCAUAGGGGUUUCAUGAUCUCUGUUGAAGGCUAAUAAAUUAGACUAAAAGAUUAAUUGGUUAGUAGUGGUCAGCUUUUUAAGUUGUAUUUGCACCUUUUUUUUAUUUUGAGAAUGUGUAAGCAUUGUAGAGACCAUUAUCAUUGUAUAAUAUGUCUCAGUUAUCUAUAUCAAUUUCCUCCA